AUGCCUUCAACAGACAGACCGUACAAAUGUCCGCUAUGCGAGAAACGGUUCCACAGGCUGGAACACCAGACACGGCACAUCAGAACGCAUACGGGGGAGAAACCCCAUCAAUGUAACUUCCCCGGCUGCUUCAAACGAUUCUCUAGAUCGGACGAAUUGACAAGACACUCAAGGAUCCAUUCAAAUCCACUCUCUAGGGCAAACACUGCCCAUUCGAAAUCAACGUCAAACUUGGCAGCUCUAAAGAAAUCGGCAUCAUCCUCAAGGCUGAAACAGUCUCGUCAUCAAAAGAAACUCACCGCUUCCUUCACUUGCACGUCUAAUCCGGCCUCUAUGUCAACGAUAAAUUCAGCAACAAAUUCAGCAACAAAUUCAGCAACAAAUUCAAUGUUAAACCCAUUGUCAAAUUCAACUUCCAUUAAUAUGCUAGCAUCCGCUGCAACUAAAGAGUUGGAAAACAUCAACAAACUCUCACAAAAUCUCCCCCUACCACUGUCGCCAAUACUAUCGAGGUCAAACUCUAACUCAAACCAAACUUCAACAUCAUCUUCGGCAUCCUUGGCCUACGUCAAGUCUCUGCCGAGCCUAUCAACUUACUUCCAGCCUUCUCAGCCUCAUUCUUUACCCUCCAUAGACAGAAUAUCCGAAAUGACAACUUUGCCACCCCCUUUAUCAUUGCCCUCUCUACCUUCCUUUAAAUCCCCAUCUUCAGUGGCUUCCCUCUCCUUCGCCGUCCCUCCUUCAUUAACGUUUCACCAGCAAACCCCCCUAACAACUUCCAUCCCAAACUCCCCCUUACACAGUCCCCCUCAGUCACCUCACUCCCCACAACUCCCCCAACACACCCAACACACCCAACUCUCCCCACAGAUACAUCCGCUCCCGGCAGAAAAGAAUACUACAGCCCUCCCACCGCUAUCCUCCAUUCUUAAUAACCCCUAG